CGGGGACAGCACAGAGAGACUCGAGACAGCGCCAGUGUGUGUUCUGUCUCUCUCUCACACACACACACACACACACAUGCACGCGAGCGAACGAGAGGAACAGCUCUCUGGAACAGCAUCUCUGACCGUGCGCGCGAGGAGGAGGAGGAGAGAGUGUGUGUCGGCGUUUCUGAUGCCAGAGAGGUAAACACAUACAGACACACGCACGCACUCACGCACGCUCUCUCGAGCUUGAGGACGCGUAUGGACGCGCUCCUGUGACUUAUGGACAGACGCGAAGAGGUGACGGCGAGCAGGAGACGAGGAGAGACGCGCACGCUCACGGACAGACAGAUGAGGACGCAGCUGUCACACUCCAGACCUGGGUGUGUAGAGUGAAGUGGAAGGAGGCUCAUGGCUUCAUUAUGGGGCCUGGGCCGGCUGGGGUGGCUGGGACUGGUUCUGGCCCUGACGGCCGUCCCGUGCGCGAGCUGCCCUCCUCGCUGUGACUGCGCGGCGCAGCUUCGCUCCGUGUCCUGCCAGCGAAAGCGCCUGUCUGGCGUACCGGAGGGUAUCCCGACAGAGACCAGGCUGCUGGACCUGAGCCGGAACCGCUUGCGCUGGGUGGCUCCGGGAGAUCUGGCUCCGUACCCGCGUCUGGAGGAGCUGGAUCUGAGCGAGAACCUCAUCAACACACUGGAGCCCAACGCCUUCGCCAGCCUGCAGGCCCUGCAGACGCUGAGACUCAGAGGAAACCAGCUGAAGCUCGUGCCCAUGGGAGCCUUCGCACGGCUGGCCAACCUCACCACACUGGACCUGAGUGAGAACAAGAUCGUCAUCCUGCUGGACUACACCUUCCAGGAUCUGCGCAGUCUCAAGAACCUGGAGGUGGGUGACAAUGACCUGGUCUACAUCUCUCACAAGGCUUUCUCAGGACUGAUCGGUCUGGAAGACCUGACCAUCGAGAGGUGCAACCUGACGUCCGUAUCCGGCCAGACUCUGUCUUACCUGCGUAACCUCGUGACCCUGCGACUGCGCCACCUCAGCAUCUCGGCCCUCGAGGACCAGAACUUCCGCAAGCUGUCUGCGCUGAGAGGCCUGGAGAUCGACGGCUGGCCGUACCUGGAGUACAUCUCGCCGCUAAGCUUCCAGGGUCUCAAUCUGUCCUGGCUCUUCAUCACCAACACCAACAUCAGCUCGGUGCCGUCGGCCUCCUUCAGGAACCUGGCUUACCUGACGGCCCUGAACCUCUCCUACAACCCCAUCUCCACGCUCGAGUCCUGGGCCUUUCGAGACCUCAUCAGGCUGAAGGAACUUCACAUGGUCAGCACCAACCUGCUCACCGUGGAGCCUCAUGCUCUGGGAGGUUUACGUCAGAUCCGAGUCCUGAACCUGUCCAACAAUGAUCUGGUGACUCUGGAGGAGAGCUCCUUCCACUCGGUCAACAGCCUGGAGACGCUCCGUGUGGACGGGAGCCCGCUGUCCUGCGACUGUCGUCUGCUGUGGAUCCUGCAGCGCAGACGCACCUUAAACUUCGACGGGAAGAUGCCGGUGUGCGCCGGACCACCGGAGGUGCAGGGAUACCUGCUGAGCAUGUUCACCGAUUCGGCGUUAUUCGACUACUUCACCUGCCAGAAGCCCAAGAUCCGCAACCGGAAGCUGCAGCAGGUGACGGCUCACGAAGGCCAGCCGGUGUCGUUCCUGUGCCGCGCCGAAGGCGAACCCACGCCGGCCAUCAUCUGGAUUUCGCCUCAGAGACGGAGGAUCACUUCCAAGAGCAACGGCAGGAUUACGGUUCUUCCCAGCGGGUCGCUGGAGAUCCGUUACGCGCAGGUCACAGACAGCGGCACGUACAUCUGUAUCGCCAGCAACGCAGGCGGAAACGACACCUACUUCGCCACGCUGACCGUCAAAGGCCAGCCGGUGGAUCCGGCGCUCUUCGCCAACCGCUCGCUGUACGCGGUGGACUUCAACGACACCGGGCUCAACAGCACGCGCGUUUUCCUCAAGUUCACGCUGGAUUUAACCACCAUCUUGGUGUCCACAGCCAUGGGCUGCAUCACUUUCCUGGGCGUGGUGCUCUUCUGCUUCCUGCUGCUGUUCGUGUGGAGCCGCGGACGAGGACAGCGCAAGAACAACUUCACCGUGGAGUAUUCCUUCAGGAAGACUGAGGGACCCGCCACCACCGGCGCAUCCGGAGGCACGCGCAAGUUCAACAUGAAGAUGAUAUGAAACCACGCAGCCAGGGGCCCCCUGGGAGAAGCAUAGACGCCCAACGCUAACACACACAGUGCUGAAUCGCAGAAAUACACACGCCGUAUGAUCGCAGAAACGUGACGACC